GCUGCCGACUGGAUUUAAAGCGGUUGUUAGCAGUGAGGGGAUUACUUAGGACAGUAGGUUGAUACUCGUCCUCGACAUCUCGUUCACCGACCCGUACCCAGCCCACUGCGCGUUCUCUCCCCGUAGCAGCCGCCAGCCAUGCCCGAAAUCACCAUCACCGGCUGGACCACACGAGAUGUCCGGUUUCCGACCUCUCUGGACAAGACCGGCUCGGAUGCCAUGAACGCAGCAGGCGACUACUCGUCUGCCUACUGCAUCCUCAAAACAGACUCCUCCUACACGGGCCAUGGCAUGACCUUCACCAUCGGCCGCGGCAACGACAUUGUCUGCGCCGCCAUCAACCACGUCGCCGAGCGCAUCAAGGGCCGCACGCUGUCCAGCCUGGUCGCCCACUGGGGCCAAACAUGGCGCCACCUCGUCAACGAUAGCCAGCUCCGCUGGAUCGGGCCCGAGAAGGGCGUCAUCCACCUGGCGCUGGGCGCCGUGGUGAACGCGAUCUGGGAUCUGUGGGCCAAGGUGCUCGGCAAGCCCGUGUGGCGGGUCGUGGCCGAGAUGACGCCCGAGCAGUUCGUCGACUGCAUCGACUUCCGCUACAUCACCGACGCCGUGACGCCCGAGGAGGCCAUCGCCAUGCUGAAGGAGGCCGAGGCCGGCAAGGCCGAGCGCAUGCGCGACGCCGAGAACAGCCGCGCCGUGCCGGCCUACACCACCAGCGCCGGCUGGCUCGGCUACGGGGAGGACAAGAUGCGCGCGCUGCUGCAGGAAACACAGGCCAAGGGGUACAAGCACUUCAAGCUGAAGGUCGGCGGCAACGUCGAGCAGGAUCGGCGGCGGCUGACCAUUGCGCGCGAGGUGAUCGGCUACGACAAGGGCAACGUGCUGAUGGUGGACGCCAACCAGGUGUGGUCGGUGCCCGAGGCCAUCGAGUACAUGAAGCAGCUGGCCGAGUUCAAGCCGUGGUUCAUCGAGGAGCCGACGUCGCCCGACGACAUCCUCGGCCACAAGGCGGUGCGCGACGCGCUGCGGCCGUACGGCAUCGGCGUGGCCACGGGCGAGAUGUGCCAGAACCGCGUCGUCUUCAAGCAGCUGCUCAUGUCGGGCGCCAUCGACGUGUGCCAGAUCGACGCCUGCCGCAUGGGCGGCGUCAACGAGGUGCUCGCCGUGCUGCUGAUGGCCCGCAAGUACGGCGUGCCCAUCGUGCCGCACUCGGGCGGCGUCGGCCUGCCCGAGUACACGCAGCACCUCAGCACCAUCGACUAUGUCGUCGUCAGCGGCAAGCGCUCGGUGCUCGAGUACGUCGACCACCUGCACGAGCACUUCCUGCACCCGUCCGUCAUCAAGGACGGCUACUACCAGACCCCGACCGACCCGGGGUACAGCGUUGAGAUGAAGCCCGAGAGCAUGGACCGGUACGAGUUCCCCGGCGGCGACGGCAGCUGGUGGCGGAGCGAGGAGGCCAAGCCGAUAUUGGAAAGCGAGAAGAUAUAACGAUGUGUAGGGAAUAAAGCAUCUUAACAGCGUUCUCCCGGGCGGUGCUAUAGUAAAACUGGAAUGGGUAAUAAAUGUGUUCAGGUACCAUGGCUUUUAUAACUCGAAAAUGGUGAAAGCGGGCAGCGCAAAGCUACGGGACAAGACUGGUUUGUUUGUUAGCGCGGAACGUCGCCCCAUCACGCUUUCCCUUUUUGUCUUACCUUACCGGGCGUGCAGGCUCAGCUAAGCAAAACCCUCAACCUAACC